CGCUGACAAAUUUAUUCAUGCGCAGUUCACAUGUAUCACCAUUUUGCCGAAAUGAGACUUUAGAAAGUGCAAUACCUCUACUAAAUAUGAAUUCUAGCUCUUAAUACUGAAGCAAGACAGAGGAUACUGCAGGAGGUCAAGAGAUGUAUAAUGGUAUUGGCCUGACUACCCCUCGGGGUAGCGGCACUAAUGGCUUCGUCCAGCGCAACUUGUCAUUUGUCCGCAAACACAAGGACCGGGUAGACUACAAGUCUGAGGAAGAGAUCCGGAAGCUGGACCAGUCGCUGCUGAAGCAGCCAAACCAGGACAUCCUGGAACAUGAGCGCAAGAGAAAAGUGGAACUGAAGUGUAUGGAGAUGCAUGAGCUCAUGGAGGAACAGGGGUAUUCAGCAGAGGAAAUUGAGGGGAAGGUGUCUGUGUUCCGGAAAAUGUUGAUGGAGAAGGAGGGUGUGUCCGAGGUCGCCGUAGACAAGGAUGAGUUUGGACGACCUGUAGCAAAGGAGACACAUCAACUGGCUGAGGCCAACCAUGAGAAGAAUGCCAAACUGCGAGAUGCCUUUGGUCUUGGGGACUAUGUGGAGGGGAGUGCCUUUGACCCUGCCCGCAAGGCAAAAGAGGAAGCUGCCAAAGCCCUUGCCAUGGCACAAAAGAAAUACUCGACUGUAGAAAGCUCUGAUUCCGAAGAAAGAUCUCCGUCCCCUCCUCCGAAAAAGAAGAAGAAGAAAUCUCGCAAAAAACAUAGAGAUGGAUGCAGAGAAGCCAGCAGCUCCCCUGAAAGAAGAGAAAAGAAAAAGAAAUCGAAAAAGCACAAACAUGAUCGCUCUGAAUCUAAGAAAAAUAAGAAAACCAAAAAGCGGCGAAAAAGGGUUGAAGAAAAGAAGAAGCGGAGGAGAAGGAAAGAGUCAUCCAGCUCCAAUUCCGGCUCAGAUUCUGACUCUGAAUCUGACUCAGGAAGUUCCUCCUCGGCAGCUUCUCCCGACAGGAAUGGAAAGACGAGGAAGUCUUCGCAUCACUUACCCUCCCCAUCCCUUGUGGACAGGGCCUGCCCCCCCGAGCACCGACUGUCACCUGCAUCCAGAUCAAAGAGAGGCGAUUCUGAAUCUGAAUUGGACAAAUCACCUCCCAGGUCAGCUAAACAAAAUGGGCAUGCUAACUCCAAGUCUGCUGAGAACAAAACCAGAAAUGGCAAGACAAGCCCAUCACCCAAAAGAAAUCGAAGCAAGUCUUUGAGCUACUCUCCUGCUGAUCGACGACGGGGAAAGUCGUCCCCAUACAAAACAAAAUCUGGCAAAGAAUUAUCAAGAGGUCGGUCUCCAAAGCACGGAGAGAAGAAAAGACAGUCCAGCCGAGGGGCUUCCCGGUCUACAUCCAGGUCACCUUCAAAGCAGAAGAAAAGGUCACCAGUGAAGAGGUCAAGGCGAAGUUCAAGGUCACCUACCCAUUCACGGUCACGGUCGAGAUCAAGAUCCUACUCCAGAUCCAGAAGUCGUUCCAGAAAGAGGGAAAGGAGCUACUCCCGUUCUCGAUCUCACAGUCGAAGACGGUCAUACAGUCGCAGCCUGAGCCAUGAUUCGAGGCGCAGGGAAUCACGCAGCCCCUCGAUUCGGAGAAGGAAAGGGUCACCAAGUCACUUAGAUAAACGCAGGAUAACAAGUGCAAGAAAACGACCAGUCCCCUAUUACAGACCCUCUCCCCCCUCACCAAGCUCUGACGACAGCUAUAGGUCAUACUCUAGGUCAAGGUCAAGGUCGCGUUUCCGGAGUCGUAGUCUGAGUUUAACAAAGCGCUACACUCGGCGGGGGCGGCGGCGGCGUAGCUGGAGCAGCAGUAGUCUUGAUAGUCUAAAACACUGAGAAAUAUCACAAGUUGUACACAUCGGCUUUCUUCUCACAUCCCAAACUUUCGUUCCAAAAUGUCAAAUGCCUACCUUAGCUCUGAAAGAAGGGUCUAGGCAUCUUUAUGAAUGAAUAAAGAACAAACAAGGUCCUGUAACAGCUAGAGGAAUGUCUGUCUGUGAUUCCUCCUUGCUCGGCCAUGCCCUCAGUGUAUAAGUGUAACUUGUGAUAUUUCUUGGCUGACCCAACUUUGUAUGGUGCAAUAAAUACCAGUGCCCAAGCAGCAGGGGUUCCUGUAGUGUGGACAUGCCCACAUGUUUGAAGGUGCCGAAUAUGUCUUGACACUGUACAUACCAUUUCUAGUACGCUGGAGUGCAAAGCAGUUUGACUGAAGACAAGCUAGCUUCUCCAGGAGGCAUGUUGGGUCGUCCAGUGGCAGUGCUGGAGGGAGGAGACUUGAUGACGAUUAUGUGAAUAGUUUAACAUAUCAGAUUUAAGUUAUUGUAUUGACUGGUCUUUCAUUUUACAUGUGUUUAUUUAUAUGCUAUUUAUUGCACAUGUUGUGGCUUUUGCAACAGUUGUUUUAUUUUCAGUUUUACAAAGAUGUUUGUUUUAUGACAACUGCGGUGGACCAAUUAGAGUGCUCUCCCCUUGAUUAGGGUCUGCUGGAAUUAAAUGAAAUGUAACAAAUAAUGUUUAGGUGUAGGGUAAGACUGUUAGUAUAAGUAGCAUACCAUGUUUUGUUUGCGGGUUUCCUAUCUGCCAGUGAAUCAAGGGGAAGUAACUCAUUGAUGACUGUAAACCUCUGUGUACGUGUGAUUAGUAUUCCCUACGAGAUGCUGCCAGUCAUCACAUAUCCAAAUAUAAACUUGACUUUUAUUGCUCAAGGUUUUCAUUUAACUUAUGUUUGAGUUAAGCCAAAGAAAAAGUUAGAAGUAACUGAAACUUUCAUUCCAAGGAUUGGCAUUCCCUUCAUCAUACAGAAAUGGUCAACAUUAGAAAGCCACCCCUCAUGGUGUCUGGCAGCGUCUUGACCAUGUUGUCAUGGUGACACAUUAAUGGCUACUGCCUCACUGCAGGCUGACUUAUGUAAAUAUGCAGAGACUGAAAUAAGUACUAAUGUCCAUCAACAUACUGACAUGUGGAACAGAGGCAGUCUGUGAUCAUUGUCCACAACAGCAGUAUUAAGGCAUUUGUACAUUGUAUGAGAGGAAAUCAUCUGUAUGUUGUCAAGUUUGUUUUAUGGAAACAUGGAACUGGCUCAUUUUAACCGUGAUAUACAUGAGAUUAUGAAGUGGGUUUAAAGAGCAUGAACUGUUAACUCUUUGCAACCUGUGUCUGAACAGUUGAAAAUCCUAUUGCCAUUUUGUUUUUCAAACAAGGACAAUGGUUAAUAUGUGAAUGAACUUGUUUUAGUGUAGAAUCAUGUAGGAAAUGUUUUAAAUGGAUAGAUUUAAUAAACAUGUUUGUGUGGGGCUUUGUAAGAUAUUGAUGACCUGAACUAUCCUGCCCUGAUGCUGGAGUUGAUAUUGCCAUGGCAAGCUUCCAUCUGUAUAGAAAUGUCCAAUCAAUACACAAACAUUAUUAUGUUGUGUAUUGUCACUUGUGCUGAAGCUCAUUUCCUGGCACCAUUGAUAUUAACUGCAGUAGGCCGCAAUGUUGUCAGCUAACAAGGCUGAUGGAUGUCAUUCGAUUAGCCACAAUGUCAGCUAACAAGGAUGAUGGUUGUCAUUCGGUUAGCCACAAUGUCUUUUCAUAGCAGCAAAGAAUUAACGCUUUAAGAAUUAGAGAAAGAUCUGGAGACUCGUGUGAAGGUUCAGAUGAUGAACACCGUGUACCAUGUGAAGGUUCAGAUGAUGUACAUCGUGUACCAUGUGAAGGUUCAGAUGAUGUACACUGUGUACCAUGUGAAGGUU